CUUGCCUCUGGUAAGAGCCCUGUGCUGUGGAAUGGAGCAGCAGCGUGUGUGUUUUUUUCUGCAUGUGUGUGUGCGCUAACGAUGAUGUGAACAAACAACGUGAUUGCAAUCCUUGUUGUAACGAGCAGGAAAACAAGGAGGGGGUCCUGGCUUAAUCAUUUGCCGAGGCGCGAAUGAACAGGAGUGGUUUCUCUUUGGACCAGAUACUGAACACGUCUGGAGAUCAAGCUCAAAAGUGCCAAAUGCCCAGACUAGAGGACCACUGCUGGAGCUGCUCCUGUGCAUCAAGAGUCGAAACGAAGCAUUCAUCUGAGGCAAACUGGUUGGCAUCUAAAGCUGAAGAAAUGAUGUCCAUCAUCACCUCGGUGCUCCGCAGUGCCUACGGCUCACUGCACAACGUCCGGACGGCCAACCUGAUCCGCCGGGGUCUCGUCCUCUUCACCGUCGGGGCGUUCCUCGCCCUGGUGCUCAACUUGCUGCAGAUACAAAGACAUGUCACCCUGUUUCCCGAGGAGGUGAUGACAACUUUGUUUUCGUCUGCCUGGUGGAUCCCACCUUGCUGCGGCACAGGAGCUGCUGUCGUCGGCCUGCUGUACCCCUGCCUCGACAGCCAUUUGGGAGAGCCACACAAGUUCAAGAGGGAGUGGGCCAGCGUCAUGAGGUGCAUCGCAGUGUUCGUCGGUAUCAACCACGCCAGUGUUAAACUAGACUUUGACAACAACGUGCAGCUCUCCCUAACACUGGCAGCCUUGUCCUUGGGCCUGUGGUGGACAUUCGACCGGUCCAGGAGUGGCUUUGGUUUGGGGAUCACCACUGCCUUCCUAGCUACAGUCAUCACACAGCUGCUGGUCUACAAUGGAGUCUACCAGUAUACUUCUCCAGACUUCUUGUAUGUACGCUCCUGGCUCCCAUGCAUAUUCUUCUCAGGUGGUGUUACUGUGGGAAACAUCGGACGUCAACUUGCCAUGGGCGGUGUAGAGAAACCCCACAUGGACUAAACAACGGAAAGGCAGAAAACCAGGUGAAGGACAGCUGAUGUAAAAAUGGACAAGUUAUGUGAAGAACGAGAAGAAUAACAGGAGAAAAAAGACUCAUUGUUUCGACUUCAUCCUUUUGUUCUCAUAACAAAGUGUGGGUCAGAAAAGCCCCUCAUCUAAUGUGCCAUGUCCUCUGCUCCUCCUUGUGGCCAAAUAGACUCUCCCUCCCACCUCUGUUGUACUCCAUUAGCAUUAAGGCUUCCUUCACACAAGACAGGAGAAUGGUGUUUGCCUUUUUUUCUCUCGUUAUUUUGAAGUGUUGACUGAUUUUACUUUCACGCUGAUGUAUCUUCCUGCAGUUUAUGGAGUGGAAGCGUGCGUGUGUGCUUUAGCAUGGAUGUAUCCUGGUCUUGGCAGAGAAGACAUGAGGCGGUGCUAAAAGUCUGUUUUAUUUUUUUAUUUUUUAUUAGCAUGAAUAGAAUAUAAUCAUAAAAGGGAAAUGAGUGGGCAAAAAAAAUGUCUUCACUCUCGCAUAGAAAUGUAUUCAGCAGCCUCGGUUGCAUCACUGAGACACAGGGGAGAUGUAUGUUCCCGGUCAAACCAAAUUAAGUAUUUAUUUUGUACAUUUUGAAUUACCCCAAACCAACUGUACUUUAUGUUUGAUAAUGAACGGUGGAAUAGUUUUGACAUUUGGUGAAAUGUUUAGGAUGUUGCUUCUCUUACUAAGAGUUAGAUGUCAUACCGCUCUGAUAUCUGUACAGUAUGAAUGUAGCCAAAGUCAGCAGCUGGUUAGCUUAGCGCAAAAACUGGAAACAGGGGGAAACAGCUAGCCUGGCUCUGCUGAAGGUAACAACAUCCACUUACCAGCAUCUAUAAAGCUCACUAACUAAUAUGUUCGUUUUCGAAUAAGCUAAGCUGAGUGGCUGCUGGCACUAGUUACUAGUUCUAUUUACCAUACAGACACGAGUGGUAUUGAUCUUCUCGUCUAAGUGGAAUGCCUCCUUUAAUGUGGUUAUGAAACAUAUUGUAGAGGACAGUAGAUGGAAUGAAGAGAGAUAGGAAAUAUGUAAAGGAGUGCCAACUACAAAUUUGUACUUACUGAUACUCAUUUGUGUACAUAUAAAUGACAAGAGAUAUACUACACGUGUUAAGAAAUUUGGAGCAGAAACUGCAAACUAUUUAGGUUCCUCAAUGGAAAUUAGUCCUAUUUACCUGUGAGUAGUAUCACAUUCACAGCUGUCAGUUAGCACAAGAUCACACUUACUUUUUGGAAAACUAUCCUGAGACCUUCCAUUGUGUCUGCUGUUCCUGAGAAGUUUCACACACACAGACAGGACUGUUGUAGGGAGAAGUAAGACAUCAAAACAUUAAUUUGAAAGAAAUGCCAGCAUAUGCUCAUUUAAUUUUUUUCUUAAUCAGCUGAGUGAGGAAGGCCACCAUGGUGGAGCGUGUUUUGAAAGAAUGUAUCAGGAAUAUACUACAACAAUCUUUGCCAGCAUCAGUGGUUACUGUUAAACCAGCUUAAAACACUUUUCCAGUGACAGGUGUUAAAUGUCGGAGAACGGGCCUUUUUAUUCCCAUCGACAAACAUUUUGCUGUGUGAUUGUGCACAUGUCCCACUUCACACUGUGUCUUCAAACUAGCGAUAAUAGCUUGGGAACAUACACCGGUUGAAGGAGGGGGCAGGAUAUUAUUAAUUAAGAUUUGCAAUCUGUGAUUGCCUGUGUAUUAUAGAAUGUAGUGCUUUUGUCACUAUAACAGUUAAGUUUUAUCAUUUCUACAAUGACAUUACUGCUUGUAUGUACAAUGGCUUGCCUAUGUAAUCAGAUCAAUACUAGACCUACAGUAUGUUAGUUAGUGUUUGGGGGUCUAGAGGAUUAAGUGCAAUCAGAGUAUACAUGAGCCGAUUAUUCUUCCUUAUUUAUUAUUAUUUCUGAUGAUGGCUAAAAUAAAUAUAAGUUGUUGUAAAUAUAUGCAGCGGGCAUACUUCAAAAAUAGCAAUAACAUCCUUGUUUUUUGUGAACAAGUUUAUUUGUCAAAAUACACGCUUUUAGAGUCAAUACCAAUGAGAGAGAGACCGUAAAAAAAAAAAUAUUGUGUCAAGCUGUUGUAAAAAGUCUCAAAUAGUAGCAUUAUUGAAGGAAACCUGAUUUAUUUUUUUAAAUACUUCUUUAUGGCAGAUCACGUCAAGUUGAAUCUGCUCACAUUCAGGUGUGCUAAACUGAAGAGGAAGCUUUAUUUUUUUGAGGUGGUGAAGCACCUUUUGUUUCGAUGUUUCGGAGUUUGUGUGUCUGAUAUUUCCGCUGUGUAUCAUUUUUGCUACCAUGGAUUUAAGUGAAAAAUAAAAAAACACCUGACAAGGA